AUGUUAUUGUUUUACCUGCUGCUUUAUUAGAUUAGACAGAUUGCAGAAGAAUGAAGGUCAAAGUUAUAUCUCGUUCUGUUGAUGAAUUCACCCGGGAACGAAGCCAAGAUCUUCAGAGGGUAUUCCGCAACUACGAUCCCAACCUUCGUACUCAAGAGAAAGCUGUUGAGUAUGUCCGUGCUCUCAAUGCUGUCAAGUUGGACAAGAUUUUUGCAAGACCGUUUAUAGGUGCAAUGGAUGGGCAUAUAGAUGGGGUUUCCUGUAUGGCCAAGAAUCCUACCCAAUUGAAAUGGAUAUUUUCUGGUGCAAUGGAUGGAGAUAUUCGUCUCUGGGAUAUAGCUUCCAGGCGCACAGUUUGUCAGUUUCCUGGUCAUCAAGGUGCUGUCCGAGGCUUGACUGUAUCAACAGAUGGGCGCAUGCUUGUGUCAUGUGGUACUGAUUGCACUGUUAGACUUUGGAAUACUUCUGUUGAUAAUCUUAUGGAGUUGGGUCACUCAACUAAGAAUUCUGUAGAGCCAGCAAGUGUUCAUGUUGGGAAGAAUGCAUUUUUGGCUGUUGAUCACCAGUGGGAUGGUGAACUUUUUGCCACAGCUGGUGCCCAAGUAGAUAUAUGGAAUCACAACAGAUCUGAGCCUAUAAACAGUUUUCAGUGGGGAACAGAUUCAGUAAUUUCGGUUCGGUUUAAUCCCGGAGAACCAAAUCUCCUAGUAGCAUCUGCUAGUGACCGAGGUAUAAUGUUAUACGAUCUACGUAUGGCUACUCCAGUGACAAAAAUGAUAAUGAUGACCAAAACAAAUUCGAUAGCAUGGAACCCAAUGGAACCAAUAAAUUUCACAGCUGCAAAUGAAGAUGGAAAUUGCUAUAGCUAUGAUGCUAGAAAGUUAGAUGAAGCCAAAUGUGUUCAUUCGGAUCAUGUUUCUGCAGUGAUGGACAUUGACUAUUCACCGACUGGUCGAGAAUUUGUGACUGGAUCGUAUGACAGAACAGUGAGGCUUUUCUAUUAUAACAGUGGUCACAGCAGGGAGAUUUAUCAUACUAAGAGAAUGCAAAGGGUAUUCUGUGUCAAGUUCAGUGGUGAUGGAAGUUACGUGAUAUCUGGAAGUGAUGAUACUAAUCUCAGGCUUUGGAAGGCUAAGGCAUCAGAACAACUUGGAGUUGUUCUCCCAAGGGAACGGAAGAAGCAUGAGUAUCAUGCAGCCAUUAAGAAACGUUAUAUGCACCUGCCUGAAGUUAAGCGUAUUGCUAGGCAUAGGCACUUGCCCAAGCCAAUAUACAAAGCUGCUGCUUUGAUGCGUGCCAUGGUAGAUGCCAGGAAAAGAAAAGAAGAGAGGAGGAAAGCUCACAGUGCACCAGGGAGCAUUACGACGCAACCACUACGGAGACGAAGAAUUAUCAAAGAAGUUGAGUAAGGUUUUCAUUGGCGAGUGGUUCAUAUUAAAGAUCAAGCAGAUAUCUUUAAAGAAUGUUGUAACACUGAUGUGGGAGGUUCUAUGUAUGUCUCAGAUCGUAAAUCAAUAGGUUAUAGUUUUGUGAUGUUGCCACUUGCAGUUCAGUCACAAGGCAAAGAAAUUUUGGUUUGUUAUUGGACUUGGUAACACUCAACACUUACGAAAAGCAUCAUGCUCUCUUGGACAUGUAAAACGCUUUAACAUGAAAAAAGGAGAUUAAUUUUAGACAAUGUUUUACUA